CUUAUACAUCGGCAUCGUACGGACUACGGUGUUUUUACACGGCAAAAAUGUUUGGAAAAAAAUAAAAAUAAAUUUAAAAAUCUAUGUGUUCGACUGAUUAAUUUCUUAAGUUUAUACUUUAUUAUUUAUUAAAAUAGCAUUUUACUCACAAGUUGAGUUUUUAGUGUAGAUCUAUGUGAGAGUAGUAUGUCAAUUGUGUAUAUAUUAACUCUUGACACUUGUUCUAUUGUGAUCACCGGCGGAAAAAAGCCGGCCUAAACAUUAAGAAUUCCAUAAACGAAAAUAUUCCAUUAUACAAUGGGUUGCAUUUGCUUUUUUUUUGAGAAUCCUUUAACAAUGUCCAAUGAAAAGAAAGAGUCAUUUUUGAAAAUAAGUAUUUUAACUAUAGCAGCAAUAUUAUCUUUUGCUACAAGGCUGUUUUCUGUGCUUCGUUUUGAAAGCGUUAUUCACGAAUUUGAUCCUUAUUUCAACUAUCGAACAACUCAAUAUCUUACAGAAGAAGGAUUUUAUAAAUUUCAUAAUUGGUUUGACGAUCGAGCAUGGUAUCCGUUAGGGAGAAUUAUUGGAGGUACAAUUUAUCCAGGCCUCAUGAUCACAUCAACUGUUUUUUUUAAUUUGCUUCAGUUUUUGAAUGUCACUAUAGAAAUUAGAAACAUAUGUGUGUUUUUGGCCCCUUUAUUCUCCAGUUUCACUACUAUUAUUACAUUCCUUUUAACCAAAGAAUUAAAAGAUACUCGUGCAGGACUUAUUGCUGCAUCAAUGAUAUCUAUCGUUCCGGGAUAUAUAUCUCGCUCAGUGGCAGGCUCAUAUGACAAUGAAGCUAUUGCUAUUUUCUGUAUGCUUUUGACCUACUACGCGUGGAUCAAAUCUGUUAAAUCUGGUAGCAUACUGUGGUCGUCAUUUACCGCGCUAGCAUAUUUCUACAUGGUUUCAUCAUGGGGUGGUUAUGUAUUCCUAAUAAAUUUAAUACCGAUGCACGUAUUAGUACUUAUAGUUACUGGUCGUUUUUCACAUCGAGUCUAUGUGGCAUAUAGCACCUUGUAUUGUAUUGGAACAAUAUUGUCUAUGCAAAUAUCAUUUGUUGGUUUCCAGCCUGUCCAAACUUCUGAGCAUAUGAUGGCUUUAGGUGUUUUUGGUUUGUGUCAGAUACUAGGAGGUAUCAAUUAUUUACGUACAAAAAUUAUUGGCGAUGAUUUCCAGGUCUUGUUCCAGUUUAUUAUUUAUCUCAUUGGUGGCUUGGUAGCCGUUGUUGGUGGUUUACUUUCAAUAACCGGAAAAAUUGCUCCUUGGACUGGUCGUUUUUAUACGUUACUGGAUCCAUCUUAUGCCAAAAAUCACAUACCGAUUAUUGCAUCAGUGUCCGAGCAUCAACCCACAUCAUGGUCUUCGUUCUAUUUUGACUUGCAAAUAUUGGUGUUCAUGUUUCCUGUCGGUUUAUAUUUCUGUUUCAAAAAGCUUACAGACGCUAACAUUUUUGUGAUACUUUAUGGUGUUACCAGUAUUUACUUUGCCGGUGUAAUGGUGCGUUUAAUGUUGGUUCUGGCUCCCGUUAUGUGUAUUUUAUCGGGAAUCGGUGUCUCAGCUAUGUUAUCGACUUAUAUGACACAGUAUGUAGAGUCCUCCACGAAAGUGCCAGAAAAAAAGACAAAGAAAAAUGAAAACAAUAAAUCAAUGCAACGCGAAGUUGCUACAGCGUUUAUAACUAUCAUGACAUUUAUGAUGUUAUCGUAUGUAUUUCAUUGUACAUGGGUCACUUCUGAGGCUUACAGUUCGCCCAGUAUUGUUUUAUCCGCUCGUACACAUGAUGGGUCUCAAAUCAUUUUUGACGAUUUUCGAGAAGCAUAUUAUUGGUUGCGGAUGAAUACACCAGAGGAUGCACGAGUUAUGUCCUGGUGGGAUUAUGGUUACCAGAUUACAGCAAUGGCUGAUCGAACAAUAUUGGUUGAUAACAACACCUGGAACAAUACUCAUAUCUCCAGAGUAGGUCAGGCUAUGGCGUCCGGUGAAGAACAGGCGUAUGAAAUAAUGAAAGAGUUGGAUGUAGACUACGUGUUAGUCAUUUUUGGUGGUGUUGUUGGUUACUCGUCAGACGAUAUAAAUAAAUUUUUGUGGAUGGUGCGUAUUGGUGGUUCCACCGAAAAAGGUAAACAUAUUAAAGAAUAUGACUAUUAUUCACCAAGUGGAGAAUUUCGAGUAGAUAAAGAGGGGUCGAAAACAUUGAAAAAUUCACUUAUGUACAAAAUGUGCUAUUAUAGAUUUGGACAAGUUUUCUCAGAAGGAGGUAAACCAGCAGGUUAUGACCGUGUCCGAAAUGCAGAAAUUGGUGUAAAAAAUGUUACAUUAAGUGUGCUGGAUGAAGCUUAUACAACAGAACAUUGGCUUGUUCGUAUAUACAGGGUUAAAGAUUAUGAUAACCGUGGGGGUAAAAUGAAACCGAACAAAGUUUGAAAACUUAAACAAAAAAUUGCAAUCUGAAUGAUCAAAUAAAUUAUGAACAAAAAAAAAAGAAAGAAAAUAUCAACUAUAAUUAUUAUUUUUUUUCUAUUUCUUUUGUUUUAUUUAGAAUUAAUUUUCACGAAUUUUGUGUGGCUUUUGGGUAUUCCAAAUAUUAAACUUUAAAUACCCGUCAUACAAGGCUUGCUUAGCUCAUUGUUUUUUAAACGAUUUUGUGUCAACAUUUAUUAUACCUAUAUUUUUAAAAGUAUAUAUUACCAUUGUAUUAUUUUUUUAAAUUUUAUCUCAAAAUAAAAUAAGAUCCAUUAUGACAUUUGUAUACGAACUACUGGAACAACAGUUUUCAUUUGACUUAAUUAAUAAGAUAUAUUUGUAAAAAAAAAUGUUUACACCCUUUGGACGUGUAAUAAAACAUGGAAGUGUGCAAUCUAUUAACAAUUAUCAAUUUUCAAUCAAAAUCAUGUUUUAUAAAUAUUAAAUUUGUAUAAUAUACAAAUUUUGUUUCUUAAAACA